GUCCGAAUCAAACACUUUAUACCAUCGAAGUAUAUUCUGAUUGUGAUAAGCUGGCCAUAUUGCGGGGAGCUCUGAAAGCGUUGAGAGCUUCGUGCUGCAAAAAUGGGGUUCGUGUUAGCCGAUGACGUUAUCUGUAUGAUCUUGGAUAUUUUGGGAGACGAGAUAGACCACAACAGCUUGUUUCAAUGCGCUCUCUCUUCGAGAUACCUCACUGCCCACUCACUAUCUGUGCUGUAUAAAGUGUGCCAUGCUUCAGCCGUACGGGGCGGGGGAACAGAGGAUGAACACUUCCUCAAACCUCGCAGAUUUCCUGCAACUGCAACAUCCUUCAAGGGCGAAAUAGACCCAGCAAUUCGGAAAUGGGCUCUUCUAUGGCGUUCCAUUGCCUUGUCCUCUUUGGAUCAGACUUACCUGCCUUAUUACGGCUACCUUCGUUAUCUGGAUCUGGAUGAUCUCGGAGAUCUACUCAAAGAUCCGAAGUUCACCGGGCAAGUACGCGAUGAUUUCUAUACUCCUGAACUCUUGGAGAUUGUGUCCCCCGACUACCAGCAGAAAGGGAACAAACGAUUACGGUAUUCAUCUAGGGCUUCGGAUCUCAGUGCCGAUUCGGUCAAGCUCAAGAUAGGCUCUGCCAUCGUGAAGAAGGCAACCUCCAUACGAGGAAUGUCUCUCAAUGUGCCCACUGAAACCUUGUUAGAAUGGAUCGAAGGGUUGCCUUUGUUGCAGUCGCUGUCGAUCUGGUCCGGUGAUACUCUAAGCCAACAUGCUGGUCUCAAGCUGCGACAAAAUUGCCCAAAGUUUAAACAGCUCACAAUUUAUUCAUGGAGAGAUCGCUCCCCAGGAACCGCCGAAGCAGAAUCGGAAGAACUUCUCAACGAGUUGUCCCCAAACACAUUGGAGUGCUUCGAGGUCAUUAGCAUGUGUCAGCUCGGACCUCGCACUAUCACGGCCUUGGGUUCACACCUUCAGUCGCUAUCACAACUAAAGUUGACGAGUCUAACAAUCGAAACUAUCGCCAGACUACCCUCAUUAUCAACUCUCCCAUCUUUGGAAGUCCUCGCCUUGACCGACUCGGUUCCAGCCGCGCGAGAUGAGAGAUUCUAUGCAAUCGUUUCGCAAGUUGCCGAGUGGAUAAGCAGUUGUAAAUCUCUACGGCAGCUGGAUUUUAGAAGAUUCGUCGAUGAUCCCUUCCUACUAUCACAGAUUUUGUCCAACGAAGGAGUCAGGUUGACCAGUCUCUCAUUAUCUGGGUAUACGAUGACCGGUAGCCGCGCAUUUCAUGAGGCCCUCGCCUGCCAACGGACUCUGCGAAGUCUCUAUCUCAGUGGCGAAGGAGCCUUUCCUUCCCAAGACAAUGAUAUACUAGUACAUGCACUGAACCAGAUGGGUGACCUACGUGAGCUGUACCUUAAAGACAUCUCCGAUGGCUUCAGCCAAGACCAUGUCAUGACCAUGACCGCGUCCCUUCCCCAUCUCGAAAGGCUUUGGAUAAGCGGUGACUUCUUUGACGAUACCGUGUUCCAAGCAUUCACACAUCUCUCAAAGCUUCAAAGCCUCAUGAUCCCCGCCUUUAGCAAGUUCACUGCAGAUGGGAUACUUGAUUUCAUCUCACAACUAGGCCCGGGUAAUCGAGGCUUCAGUCUUUCGGUUCUGAACGCAGUCGAUAGCGCUCUCGCUGAGGAGGCGCAAAUUCUGAUCAGCGAAACUAUUAAGGCGAGUCUGGACGGGUCAUUUGAUUAUGGAGUCAUACAAGCGGAUUACAGCGACACGGGUUCAGAGGACGGGAUUUAUGGGUGAUAUUGUCCUGAAUUUCCAGCAAGUUACUCGAUCCUCGAAUUGAUAAUGUCAUGAUUAUUCAGUGGCACGACG